ACAUUUUAUCUUCCCCAUUGGUACGUCCAGCCUGUUUAGGGGCCAAUCACGUUGGGGCUUCGCCGCACUCAACGUCCGUGUGGACAACUGGGGAUCAGAGCUGCGCGUGGAAUCCCACGCAGAAGUGUAAAAGUGGAGACAGGUGCGUUUGCAUUGCUGGGAGUCUUUACACUCCAGAGAAUCUUUUCCACUUUUCAAGCAAUUCACAGGAAUUCCACUGAAUGUUUACCUUCUUCCGUACAAAUCAUAAAAAUGAGGGGAGCGACAAAAAUCGCGAGAGCUUGAGUCACUUCUGUUCAGUUUUUGGCAACUUUGUGCAGCAGACCGUCCGAUCCUCUUCAAUCCGAGCGGACACAGCAGCAGGAGCAGGAGCAGCAGCAGCAGCAGCAGCGGGAGGCAGAGGAGUGCAGAAGGAGGCUGGAUGAAGCAGGAGACGGGCAACUGAGCUUCAGCGAGCCGGGUACCCGCUUCCCCUUUCCGCAGCUUGUCCCCCAAUGUCACCGGACAGGAUGAUGAUCAUUGGACUUUUGCUCAAUGUCUUUUCUCAGGGCGGUGUUACAGUAUCUGUGUCCUUAGAUUGUCUGGUGGCGGAACAGGGCUGUGUCCAGGAGCCGUCCUGCAAAGGCAUCUAUCGCCUGCUGGAGUACUGCGCGGCGGAGGAAGCCGUGUCGCCGCUCAGUUCAGAUGCCCGCCUGGAGUGCCUGGAGGCCCAAAACUCACUGCAGCAUUAUCGCCCCCUUCAAGUCUGCAAGUGUCAGCGGGGCUCUCGCAGAGAGGAGCACUGCCUGAAGGUUUACUGGACUGUGAGAUUUGCAGCAUAUGACGAGUAUGAAGUGUCCCCAUACGAAGAGCUGAAGUUGAAUCUGGUGAGAAACAUAGAGGUAUCGCGAAUGGCCUCCAUUAUGGCAGCUUCCUCUGUUGUCGUGGACGGCCAGAACCAGUGUCUGAAGGCUGCUCAGGACUGCGGCCUGUAUGAGAAAUGUGGCUCCUUGCGUUCAGAGUAUGUGGUAGCUUGCACCAAGCGAGCAACAGCCACCGACAACAGCUGCAACCGCCAGAAAUGCCACAAAGCCCUGCGGCGCUUCCUGGAGCGUGUGCCAGAGGAGUACAGCUUUGCUCUGCUUUUCUGUCCCUGCUCUGACACUCUGUGUGGGGAGCGGCGGAGGAAAACCAUUGUGCCAUCAUGUUCCUUUGAGGAGAACGCAAGAGGGGAGGAAAGAGUCGGCAAGCCCAACUGCCUCAGCCUCCAGAACUACUGCUCCAGAGACGAGCUGUGUAGAUCCCGGAUUGCAGAUUUCCAACACAACUGUCAGCAGUCCUCUCUUUCUGCCUCUGGCUGUAUGCGAGAGAGCAGAACCAUGUGCCUCAAGGCUUACACCGGACUCAUAGGAACCAUCAUGACUCCCAACUAUGUGAGCAACAGCAGCACGGAGGUGUCCCAGUGGUGCACAUGUGAAGGCAGCGGGAACGAACUGCAGGGCUGUCAACGCAUCCAAAAUCUGUUCAGCAACAACAUAUGUCUACGCAAUGCCAUCAGCUCCAUGGGAAUCUCAGCGCCUCCUCCGGUGGAACACACUCCAGUGCCAGUUUCUCAGCCCUCCCCUCGCGUCUUCCAGGAGAGGGUCCACGUUAGCGUCAACACGCUCCCUGAAUUCAACAGUAUGGAGGACAGUGACCAAGAGGAGGAACAAGAAGAGGGAGCAAAUGAGGAGUUCAACGUCAUCCCACCGUACUCUGAGAAGGACUCCGACACUGAAUCAGGUGCCAGAGGGAGUCAGCGAGGAGAAGCUAGCCAAGCGGAGCUCGCUCUGCCAUUGCUGCUGCUGCCAGGUCUCUUCUUGAACUGGGAAUGCUGGAACGACUGAAGACUCGACUUUUCUUCCAGCUUAGAGUUUACAGUCACUAUUGGUGUCGAAUUCAUUGCAGCCCUCGCUGUGAAACACAGUCGACGGUUACGGAAAAGACAUGUAAAUGCCUCCAAAAAAGUUUAUGUCCUAUUCCUUCGAACACUGUAAAAUAUCCCAACUUGUUUUUUUAUUUUUUUUUUAUUUCCUUUUAAGCAUUUAUAAGACAUUACUCAUCCUUCAGUUUAUUUGCUUAAGUGACCUUUCCUCAGUGUGAGUACAUGGCUGAAUUGCAAAGUGCUGUUUGGGCAAAAGCUGCCUGUCUUUUAAAGUAAAAAAGUAAUACACAGUACUUCACAAAGAAGCAUAUCACCCAGGGCUGACAUACACCUCACACUCUCCGGGAAACCAUACCCAGUCUACUCGGCUGCAACGAGGCGGGAGCACAGCUUUUGAUUUCUAUUUCAUAACUCAUGUUGCAUCCACUUCUCUGCUACUCCUUUGGCUCUUCCUCAAUCUUCAUCAUGCUAAAAAAAAAAACAACAACCAAGAAACAACAAAAAAAUAAUCCACUUUAUAACAAGCUAAUAAAAGAGGAACCCACAUUUAAACCAUUUUGUGAGAAAUAGAAAAGGAUCUCGUAAAAAUUGCUUCAUUUGACAAGACGGGGAUGAGCUUCAAAAUGAUGUGCCGUCACGUUUUGUACGCUUCUUCUAACUCCACGCACCGAAAAGCAUGACAAAAGUCACUUCGCUCUUUCCUCUUUUUUUUUUUUGUUAACACACCACUUAGCAUUAUUCCUCCUGCACCAAGCGGCUGAGAACUCAACCGCGGGCGAAAGUAAUGAGAUCAAAUUCCAUUGUAGAAACGGUGUUGGGAGAAAAGCAAUAUAAGCAAUUACCGCACGAUUCAAAUUGCUCCCAUGCAGGGGGGGAAAGUCUAGAGUAAGGCUCACGGGAAAGAAAAGCCAAUUUGCUGCUGUCAUAGCCUCUCACUUUUUUAUCCUUAGGAGAUCUAGUUUUAGUGCUCCUUCCCCAACAUGUACUUUAGAUGUUUUGAAAGCAAAAUGAAGAGAUGGGGAUGGACAUCUGAAGAGCCUGCUGGCUGCUCUCGUCACUGGCCAGCACAUUCAGCCAUUCUCUCUGCUUUAAAUAUCUUUUGCUGAUGUUAAUGGUUUUUCCUUUCAUGGCUCAUUUUCCUGUAAAAUUAAGGAGCUGCGGAUACAGAGGUGAAGGGAAGUUUUCAUAGGGAGAUAAACCAGUCGAAUUUCCAAACAGGUUUGAAAGAAAUGAUUAAACUGACUUCUGUAAAGAUUUUUGUUUUUGAACUCCGUAUUUGCAACGGUUGAACUGAAAUUCAUCUGUGUUGUCUCGGAUAAAGCGGAAUGAGCCCACAGCUUUUUGGAAGUGAAGUGUCUGGUCUUGUUUACUUGACCGGUUAUUAAAAUGAAGACUUAACUUUGGAUGCAAACAGAGGACAGAAAUGUACUGAAAGCCAAAAAGCAAUGCUUCCCUGAAUCCAGCUCCAUCUUUCUUCACAUUUUCUUGAAGUCAACGUUAAACUUUAAUUGGAUUUUGUGAGUUUAGUAAAUAAGACUUGACUGUUACAUGCUUUAGGGCAAAGUGACAUCAUUCUGUUUUUUUGGCCAUUCCUUGCUGAAAACAGCUAAGUGGAUGGACAACUCUUCAGUUUGCUAAAGCUCCGAUGUGCAAACCAGAAAAACUGGAAUACAAUAUCAGACUGGGCAACAAAAUCUUGUGUUUGGUGUUAAUCAUGUGAUCAUGAGAGUUCAAAGUUAAAUAUGGUGGUGUGAUAGUUAACUAUUUACCAGUUAUCAGAAGCUCAUGUAGGGUUAAUGUUCUCUGUUGCUCUCAGUAAUCCCAAUCAUGGUAAACCGAGUCAAAAGAUUUGUUUUUAGAUUCUUAAAGAUGUUUUAUAUCAGUUUAAUUUUAAUCCUCAUUUAAGGCACUUUCUCAGUUUAAGUACACUAUUUUAUUUUACAAACUUUGUGAGCCUAAAGCCCAGUCAGGUAAAUUAGGAGUAGAAAAUGCUGGAUUAUUGUAUUAUAUAUGUCCACAUUAUAAUUGUAGUCCACCUAACACAAAUCAGAUGCUUAAGAUUGUAAAAUUUUUGCUUUUCUUGACGACAACCACAUUUUUGUCCGAACAAAGUUUCUGCUCCAACGGUUAAACCCUCAAUUGUUUCUAGACAUCUGACUCAACACACAUCUACAGUAAUCAAUAAUAUUUAGCUUUCAUCAUAUUUUCCCCCGAAAUAUUUCGACAAAACUCAGAAAAUGUUUUGCUGCUUCACAAACACUGAAUAUCUUAAAAUCUAAAGGCUAGUUUGUCAGCUAAACUUGACCCUGGUGUGGGCAUCCACCAAAGCCUUUGGCUCAAAAUAUAAUGUCCUACCAAAUAUUCCACCCUGCAGUUCUUUGUGAUUGCACUACUGAAAUUGACAACAGCUGCAAUUUGAUAUGUUGUCCAGCUCAACGUAUGUGCAUGUGAUAUUGUAACAUACACACUCAAAUAUCCAGAAAAGACGAUGAGAAAUGCCAAUAAGUGCAGUGAUGACUAGUUAAAACCUAAUUUCAACUAAAGAAUUGUCAUUUUAUUAUGAAUGAUCAAAUAUGGCUGACCUACACAGUUUUGCAAGCCAUGCACAAGCCAGUAGGCAGUUAUCUAAAUAAACAUUGACAUACACCAACAACCUUCUGCUGUUGGUGUAUGUUGGUAACGCUUCACUUAACUUUGAAGAGUUAAGUGAAGUCAGGAACUCUGAUUCUGAUCCAUUAAGGGAUCAGAAUCAGAAACUGAGUCUAAUAAACUCAGUUUGUUUGGGGACCAAGAUUGCAACAUUUGUUAAGUCAUCAGGUGGUGGUUUCACACUGCACUGUGCCAAGCAAACUCUUUCAAAGACCUAUUUACCCCCUCGCUUCUGUUGGCUCUACUCCAAGAACCACUGACGGAAACAGCACAAAAACGUCUGAAGAAGCCAUGAGCGCAACUUCCUUCCCGAUGAAAAGUAAACAAAAAUGGAGCGGCGUCAAAUUUUAGCGGUUCUAGAGUUUCUCUUUUGUUUUUGGCAAAGGUCUACGAGUCAUUUUCCUACUAGCGCUAGAAUUUUGACUCCUGAACGUCAGGAACUGUUAUCCAUUCUAUUUUAGCCUUUUCGUCUUGUUUAUGAGCUUCCAAAUAUUAAAUAGCAUUUGUUUAUAUUUGUAAACAUUAAUGUCCCACAUUGGUUCUGUUUGUUGAGGGGGUCCAGGGAAGGAAAAACUCUACAUUUAUAGAAUCUAAAUCUUACAAGAACUAUGUAAAUACCUACCAAAUUAGAUAGAUUGUAGUUUAUAUCAUAACAGUAGUAUGACCAUGUACAUCACUGUUUCACAUGCUAAAGUUAUUGUAAAAACAUAUCAAACAUAGCAGAUGUUUGUGUAUUUCCUGUAAUGUUGUGCCAUAGAAAAAAAGUUUGUUUACAGAAUAAACAGUCUCAUUAAAAUGUG